CUUUGGUGUGUGUUGGUGUUAGCCUCCUCUGUGCUGUUUAAUGAGACAAAGAGCGGUUUGCCUUUUCCAUCGUCUUCCCGAACAGUUAGCGGCCUAACCUGCGCUUCCAGUGGAAAGUAUUGCCCCAAGGAAUGGUCAACUCCCCUACUAUCUGUCAGAUCACAGUAGACUGAGCACUGGAGCCAGUCUGAUGCAAUGACUCGACCGUGACCAUUGUUCAAUACAUGGAUGACAUCCUGAUUGCCACGCCAUCAGCGAGCCAGGUAGACCGGGUAGUGUUGACAGUCUCAGAGACCUUAAAAACAAAUGGUUUUGAAAUCACAAGUGCAAAAAUAAAAGAGGGACCAUGUGUAACCUUUCUAGGAGCAGGGAUUUCAAGCUCCUACAUAACCCCUCCUCAGAUAAAAAUCCGCCAAGACAUCAAGACGCUCCAUGGCAUGCAGCAGCUGGUAGGAUCUCUACAAUGGCUCCACAACAUCGUCCUGAUCCCUCCCGAGGUCAUGGACCCCCUAAAUGACCUUCUCAGGGGGAAAAACUCAUGGGAGCAGAAAACUCUGACACCAGAAGUGACAAGCUCACUCGAUUUUAUCGAACAGCAAAUGUCAGUGAGCAUGCUCACAAGAUGGAACGCAGACGCACCAAUCGAUUUAUACGUCCACUUUACAAAAAAAGAGGGAGUAGGAGCACUGGCCCAAGGGCCCCCCAACAAAACCCAGCCAAUACAAUGGGUGGUCUUAGGAAAAUCGUCACGUGCAUUUUCCCUGGGAAUUGAGUGUCUUGGCAGCCUCAUCAUGAAAGGCAGGAAAGUUGUCCUAAAGCACUUAGGCGUUGAACCUGCCAAGAGAUAUCUGCCCUUACGCAAGCAGCUUUCCGUGCAGUCGACAACAAUAUCAGAGCAUCUGGCCAUAGCCCUUGCUGGUUUUGGAGGAGAGAUUCGCUAUGCAGCAAAACUUGGACUCGGCUGCUUGCGAUCGUUGACAUUGAUCUCCCGCCGAAAAUCGUCGACCGACCACAGCCAGGACCGACGAUCUUCACAGACGCAUCUUCGCUAACAUCGACUGCAGCAGCAGUGUGGCAGUCAGGAGAACAGUGGCAAUGCAUCAAAACAUCCGACCCCAUGCUUUCAGUUCAACAACUCGAAGCAGCCGCCAUUGUACUGGUGUGUGGACUAUUCCCUGAAGAGCACCUCAACAUC